AUGUCCACCAGCGACGCCGCCCAGCAGGUAGACUAUACGACGACACAAUCUGCGCGCUCCCGAGAACAGACCUAUUCAUCCUCUACCUCUUCGAGUCCCUCUGCGGCCCAGCCUAUUCCCCGAAAUACGCGCGAUGCGGACUCGCAAGCGUCCAGUGCCGAUUCGGAGGCUACCGUCACAGGGUCGACCGUGAGCGCAAACUACGCUGCCCACAUGAAUCAACAACGAUACCACCCUCAUCACAAUAUACAGAGCCGCGGCUAUGACCAGGCUGGUUUCCCGCUCACCAGUCAACCGCAAGGUCUGCAUUCCUCCCCAGAUUCUCCCCGGCUACAGCCGACACACCCUUCCACAAGAUCACUGGCAGAAUCAGCCGCGACUUCCCCUAGUCGGAUCAAAGUGCGAGAUUUGUCACAUAUACAGAGCUUCGCGAGUGAGGAGUACUUGGCUCGGCCACGUCUCCACCAGAGGACUGGAAGCAGCGUCUCAGACGCUGGCAGAUCAUACGAGAUCAGUUCAAUGCCUGUUACAGACAUUAUCGAGAUGGUGGCUGGCCUACUGACCAAGAUCACCAACACCAACGAUCGCCAACACGAUCAUAUGAGUCGUCCGAUUCCUCUACCUGAAGACCAGGCCAACAUGAGCACUCAGACGUCCAGCGUUUUGGCCUUUCACGGCAAGAACGUCCCUAGCAUCACAAUCUUGAGCUAUCUCAGCAGAAUUCACAAGUACUGCCCUACGACAUACGAGGUAUUUCUCAGCCUUUUGGUCUAUUUCGAUCGUAUGACGGAAAUGGUGAAUCGAGGCUUUCUCCGUCAAGCCCAGGCGCAGCAACAAGCAGCAUCAGAGGCUGCGCCUGCGUCUCCAAGCGAAAAGGCCCCCCGAACGCGGUCACCAUCGGCCGAGCAUCAAGUACCAACCGCAGUCGCUACUCCCCCGGCUUCUGGGCAAAUGUCGCCCUCAGAUCGCAGAACGCCUUCACAGAUGCCACCCUCGCCACCUAUGCAGGUCGGUCCGACUGAUCUCUCCAAUUUCUUCGUUGUCGACAGCUUCAACAUACACCGUCUCGUCAUCGCCGGCGUAACAUGCGCCAGCAAAUUCUUCUCCGAUGUCUUCUAUACCAAUUCUAGAUAUGCCAAGGUUGGAGGACUGCCAUUGGUAGAGCUGAAUCAUCUGGAGCUUCAGUUCCUCAUACUCAAUGACUUUCGACUUAGUAUUCCCGUCGAAGAGCUAGAAGCGUACGGGACCAUGCUCGUUGAAUUCUACGCCAGAGAGGUCGUAGCUCAACAACAGGCCGCCCAACAGCAUCAGUCCGCCCUGUCAACACCGGCUACUCCGAGCGAGGGCAUGUUCAUGCGGGACCAGAGUGGACGAUCGACGAGCCAAGCGACCACGGCUUGA